GUGUUGUUUGACAAGUUUGGAUUACCACUACGUUGACUGUAUUAUAAUACUCUUUUUUCACAUUUAUUUUAUAUGGAAUGCGCUACAGGUUCCCAUCUUCCCUCUUUUUCUCAGUUUUAUCUUUUUAUCAGUACCGCAACAUUACAUCUGUUCAUCUUUUUUGCGUCUAGUUUCAAUAGUUUGGCUUUGGUUGUCUAAUGUAACAGAGAUUAGGUGGUCCACAAGGGAUGAAUAUGGAGUGGCAAGUUGCACCAUCAAGUCCAAGUUCCUACAUUGUGAAGAGGAUUUUGCGCUUGGAUAUUCCAGUAGACAGCUUUCCAAAUUUCAAUUUUGUUGGCCGGCUUCUGGGUCCUAGAGGCAAUUCACUAAAGCGGUUGGAAGCUUCUACAGGUUGUCGUGUGUACAUAAGAGGAAAAUGUUCAAUAAGAGAUAUUGACAAGGAGGAAUCGUUGAGGGGAAGACCGGGUUAUGAGCAUCUGAAUGAUCCACUGCACAUUAUAAUUGAGGCUGAAUUGCCUGCUAAUAUUGUUGAUAUGCGGUUGAGACAGGCAAAACAAAUCAUAGAAGAACUUCUCAAACCUAUGGAUGAGUCACAAGACCACUACAAGACGGAACAAUUGAGAGAACUAGCUAUGCUGAAAUCCAAUUUACGAGAAGAGAGCCCUCAACCAUAUGGUAGUGUCUCUCCUUUCACUUCAAGCGGGAUGAAGCGUGCCAAAACUGGUCUGUAAUGGUUCACUUAACUCUUCUAUUGCUUCGUCCUCCCGAACGACUCUUGAGCUUGCUUGCCAACGUAUGCUUCUCGGUGUAAUUCAAUUCUGUGUGCAAACUGUUAAGGGACGACGCGUUGUGGACCUGUUUGGUGAGCAUCAAUGCAGGGGUUUUCUUCCAUGACAUUAAGAUAUACCGAUGAACCGAGAUAUUCUUUUGUUAUAGCUUUCGUGUUUGUAGUCGAUUGUGAUUGUAGAAGUAGAACAAUUAUGUCAUAUAAGUUAUUCUUUGUUGUGCUGACCAUGUAUUUGUUACUAAUUCGACGUUGUCUAAACUCGAAAGUGGAAUAUGCAUCGAUUGUUUAUUUUA